AUGCAGCCGGAAGUGCAGCGUGCGUGCGGCUUGGUGGGUCGCUGUGUGCGCUCCGCGUGUGCAGCCGCGUGGGCCAUGGGGCGGCGGGCGCGGGGCCGGCGGUUCCAGCAGCCGCCGCAGCCUGAGGGCGAGGAAGACGGCAGCGACGGCGGCAGAAAGCGCGGCCAGGCGGGCUGGGAAGGUGGCUAUCCCGAGAUCGUAAAGGAGAACAAGCUCUUCGAGCACUACUAUCAGGAACUCAAGAUCGUGCCGGAGGGAGAAUGGGACCAAUUCAUGGAGUCACUCCGAGAACCUCUCCCAGCCACACUGAGAAUCACUGGGUACAAAAGCCAUGCCAAAGAGAUUCUCCACUGCUUGAAGAACAAGUACUUUAAGGAGUUGGAGGACCUGGAAGUAGAUGGACAGAAAGUUGAAGUUCCACAACCACUAAGCUGGUACCCUGAAGAACUUGCCUGGCACACAAACUUAAGUCGGAAAAUCUUGAGGAAGUCCCCAUUGUUGGCAAAGUUUCAUCAGUUCCUGGUCAGCGAGACUGAGUCUGGAAACAUCAGCCGCCAGGAGGCUGUCAGCAUGAUCCCCCCACUGCUGCUCAACGUGGAGCCGCACCAUAAGAUCUUAGACAUGUGUGCAGCCCCUGGAUCCAAGACCACACAGUUAAUUGAAAUGUUGCAUGCAGACAUGAGUGUGCCCUUUCCAGAGGGAUUUGUAAUCGCAAAUGACGUGGACAACAAGCGCUGCUAUCUGCUCGUCCAUCAGGCCAAAAGGUUGAGCAGUCCCUGCAUCAUGGUGGUAAACCAUGACGCAUCCAGCAUACCUAGACUUACAGUAGAUGUGGACGGAAGGAAAGAGAUUCUCUUCUAUGAUCGAAUUUUAUGUGAUGUCCCUUGCAGUGGCGAUGGCACAAUGAGAAAAAACAUUGAUGUCUGGAAGAAAUGGACAACCUUAAACAGCUUGCAGCUCCAUGGCCUCCAGCUUCGGAUUGCAACUCGAGGUGCUGAGCAGCUGGCGGAAGGUGGCAGGAUGGUGUAUUCCACAUGUUCCUUGAACCCCGUGGAGGAUGAAGCAGUGAUAGCAGCUCUGCUAGAGAAGAGUGAAGGAGCUCUUGAGCUUGCUGAUGUGUCUGCUGAGUUGCCAGGACUGAAGUGGAUGCCUGGAGUCUCACAGUGGAAGGUCAUGACUAGAGACGGGCAGUGGUUUGCAGACUGGCAUGAGGUUCCCCAGGGCAGGCAUACACAAAUCCGGCCUACCAUGUUCCCACCAACGGACCUGGAGAAGCUACAGGCAAUGCAUCUAGAGCGAUGCCUUCGAAUCCUGCCCCAUCAUCAGAAUACUGGAGGGUUCUUUGUGGCAGUAUUGGUCAAGAAAGCACCAAUGCCGUGGAACAAACGUCAGCCCAAGGUCCAGAGUAAAUCUGCAGAAGCCAGAGAACCCAGGGUAUCCAGCCAUGUGGCUGCCACAGAGGGAAAUCCCAGUGACCAGUCUGAGCUGGAAAGUCAGAUGAUAACUGGAGCUGGUGACUCAGAAACAGCUCACACCACUGAGAACACAGAGAGUAAUGAGAAGAAAGAUGGCGUGUGUGGCCCUCCUCCAUCAAAGAAAAUGAAGUUGUUUGGAUUUAAAGAAGAUCCAUUUGUAUUCAUUCCUGAAGAUGAUCCUUUGUUUCCACCUAUUGAGAAGUUUUAUGCCUUGGAUCCUUCAUUCCCGAGGAUGAAUCUGUUAACCCGAACCACAGAAGGAAAGAAGCGGCAGCUUUAUAUGGUCUCCAAGGAGCUGAGGAAUGUACUGCUGAACAAUAGCGAGAAGAUGAAGGUCAUUAACACUGGGAUAAAAGUCUGGUGUCGAAAUAACAGUGGUGAAGAAUUCGAUUGUGCGUUCCGUUUGGCACAGGAGGGAAUAUAUACAUUGUAUCCAUUUAUCAAUUCAAGAAUCAUCACUGUGUCAAUGGAAGACGUGAAGACACUGCUGACCCAGGAGAACCCAUUCUUUAGAAAACUGAGCAGUGAGGCCUACAGUCAAGUCAAGGAACUCGCAAAGGGAAGUGUUGUGCUGAAGUAUGAGCCAGAUUCUGCGAAUCCAGACACCCUCCAGUGCCCCAUCGUGCUGUGUGGGUGGCGGGGAAAGGCCUCUAUUCGAACUUUUGUGCCCAAAAAUGAGCGACUUCAUUAUCUCAGGAUGAUGGGUCUGGAGGUAUUGGGAGAAAAGAAGAAAGAGGGAGUCAUUCUUACCAAUGAGAGUGCUGCCAGCCCAGAGCAGCCUGAAGAUGAGGAGGAUGCCAAGCAGACAGCACAAGACCCCUGUGUCCCAGACUCCAUCCCUGGCUGUGAUGCAGCUGCAGCUGAGCCAUCCCGGUGAAGGAGUCUCCACACACUGAAUUGGUACCAUCCGUUGUUGGAGAUCAAACCUAGAAUGUCCUUAGCCAGGGACCUGGAAAUGAGUGGUGGCCACAGUCUGUGGAGAGCUGUGCUUUCUAACAUUUAGGAGUCGCUUUUGCAGGGUGGAUACAUGUUUCUGCUGUUAAAGGCUAACACAGCCUUUGCAGAAGUUCAGAUCCCUUGUCGGCCAAUAUUGACCUAGUCUUCUAAAACGAUAGUAAAAAUCUACAAGUCUUUGGGAAGCAGCUCUAUCUAUGCUUUAAUACUUUCUGGACUGCACAUCAGUGUGCUGUGUAGUCAUGCUGACACUGAGGUCUCAGGUGACUUCUGUGCCUUUGUGAUAAAGGGUGAGAUAAGCCAUCUCAGAGGGAAGGCUGGUGAAUCAUGACAGCAGUUUUGGGGACCGUUUGUGCUUACCCUGGAGUUGUUUUAAGUGGGGUGGAGAUUGCUUGGGUCAUGAAAUAAAGAGCUUUUAUGAUCAUGUA